AUGUUUCUUUUUCUGAGACUUUCAUAUGAAUUUUUAUUCAUAUUUUUUUUCCCUCAUUCAUUCAGUAUUUUUGUUGAUUCAUUCUUGGGCAAUCUUCUGAACACUCCCUCCGCCUAUAGCACAAAUUGCACUCAUGUUGUUCUGUUACCAAAUCCUUUCUAUGGAGAAGAAUUCCAUGGCGAAAUACCAAAACGUUUCCGGUAUUUGUCAUGUUAUGUUGUGGAUACAGGUUACAAAGCUGAAAAGGUUAUUGGUAAAGUUUCUUUACGUAAAGAAGAAUUGCACAAAUAUCAUGGCAAAGAUCAUUGGUUUCCACUCUCUCGUGUUGGAUCAAGUACAGAAGUGCAGGGCAAAGUCCACGUGGAAAUACGGUUUGAUGAGUAUCUUAACACAGAACCAGAGUCUUUCUCAUCCCAUCGAAUGGUGGUUAGGGUUAUUGAAUGUCUGGAUUUGACAGUGGUCAAUGGUGCGUGCAAUCCUUAUGCUGUUAUAACGGUCACAUUUGGCAAAUCUCGACACAGGGAGGAAGUCAAGCGAACGAGUGUGAAGAAGAAAACCAUUUGUCCACAGUUUGAAGAAACAUUUUUCUUUGAUUAUUUCUGUCUUUCUUUCCUUUUCCUUCCUUUUUUUCUUCCCUUCUUUCCUUUUUCUUCUUUCCUUUUCUUUUCUUUUUCUUUUCCUUUUCCUUUUCCUUUUCUUUUCCUUUUCCUUUUCUUUUCCUUUUCCUUUUCUUUUCCUUUUCCUUUUUCUUUUCCUUUUCUUUUUCCUUUUUCUUUUCCUUUUCCUUUUCUUUUCCUUUUCCUUUUUCUUUUCCUUUUCCUUUUCUUUUCCUUUCCUUUUCUUUUUCCUUUUCUUUUUCUUUCUUUUUCCUUUUCUUUUUCUUUCCUUUUCAUUCUUUUCUUUCCUUUUCAUUCUUUUCUUUUCAUUCUUUCCUUUUCUUUUUCUUUUUUCCUUUUCUUUAUUUGUACAGAUCAUCAUUCUUGUGAAAUUGAUCCCUCAAAAUUGAAAGAUGCAGAAAAUGUCAACACAAAUAUGGAGCAUCUCAAGGUGUAUGUAGAGAAAAUGUUCAAAGCAAUCACUCGUUCUGGUUUUGUUUGUCCUCAAGUCAUGUGUGAAGUUUUCUACACUCUUAGAGAAGCUGCGAGAAAACACUUCCCUGAUAACAGAGAAGUUAGAUACCAAGUAGUCAGUGGAUUUGUCUUCCUUCGAUUUUUUGCACCUGCAAUUUUGGGGCCCAAACUCUUUGAUCUGCGGACCAGCACUCAGUUCCUUGAUGUCAUUUCUUCUGGUUCCAGAGUGUCUGUGCAAGACAUUGAAGCUCCAACUAUUCUGAAAGAAGGAAUGAUGAUCAAGCGUGCUCAAGGGAGGGGUAUGUUUGGAUUGAAAAAUUUCAAGAGACGAUAUCUCUGCCUAACCAAUCAGAGUCUUUUUUACUCUCGGGAAAAAGGAGAUGAAAUUCUCUGCCAGAUUCCAAUCCAUAAUAUCUGGGCUGUUGAAAAACUCCAGGAAGAAUCGUUCAAAAUGAAAUAUCUUUUCUUUUUUUUUUUUUUCCUUUUUCUUUUUUUUUCCUUUUUUUUCUUCCUUUUUUCUUUUUUUUCUUCCUUUUUUUCUUUUUUUUUUUUUUUUUUUCUUUUUUUCUUCCUUUUUUUCUUCCUUUUUUUCUUCCUUUUUUUCUUCCUUUUUUUCUUCCUUUUUUUCUUCCUUUUUUUCUUCCUUUUUUUCUUUUUUUUCUUCUUUUUUUCUUUUUUUUCUUCCUUUUUUUUCCUUUUUUUCCCUUUUUUCUUUUUUUCUUUUUUUCUCCUCUGUUUUCUUUAUUUUCCUCUUUUUUUCUUUUUUUUCUUUUUUUUUUCCUUUUUUUUUCUUUUUUUUCCUCUUUUUUCUUUUUGA